UCCUUAUUCUUCUUCUCUCUCUCUAUAUAUAUAAGCCCAUUUCUCUCUUCCGAAAAACCAAAUCUCGAUCUACUUCUCCUUGAAUUUUCAAUUUCUCUCAUCUAAUCAUGAACUGCAAUCUCGAGCUCCGCCUCUUUCCCACCUCCGAUGAAGACCACAGCCAUCCUCAAACAGAGAGUUAUUCAAACGAUCAAGAACCACCGCAGCAGCAGCAGCAGCAGCAAAAGCCACAGAAGCUAACGAUAUUCUACAAUGGAACAGUCUGUGUUUGCGAUGCUACAGAGCUUCAGGCGAAAGCCAUUCUGAUGUUGGCUAGCCGAGAAAUGGAGGAUAAUAAAAUAAGAAAAUUUUCAAGUGGACCUUCUUCAUCUUCAUCGUCGUCGGGAAAACCUGUAUCGCCAAUUCGGACAUCACCUCCGCCGGUCUAUAGCUCUAAAAACAAUACUGCCUUGUCGAUGAAGAGAUCACUCCAAAGGUUCCUUCAAAAGAGAAAUAAUCGGAUGCAAGCAACUUACCCCUACAACAUGAAUCGGCGGCCGCAAGCGUGCAGGCUCAAUCUCCAUUGAUGCAUUGAGGGAUUCACUUUAAUUUUCUUUUUUCAAUUCGCAUGAAAUGGACAUAGAGUCUCCCUUGUUUUUCCAUAAAUUUUACAUUAAUAGAAUGAGAUUAUACUUUUUUU